GCGUACGGAGGAUACAUUAUUUACAGAAUAAUUUCUGUUACUCUGUAUCGAUUAAAAAUUUUGCAUAAUUGGCAUUCAAAAUUUCCAAUCUAAGCAGAGAAAAACAAUAUAAAGGUGGAUAUAUUGGAUAUCCUAUUUUAUCGGAAAAAUAUUGGCCGAUUAUACCGGCAAGGAUCGAUACCGUUAGACAAACAGAUGAUGGGCUUCCCGGAUUCGCACGGUUUGAGCAAAAUAAAGCCCGGCAAGGCAAUUUCGGGGUGCUACGAGAAUCCCUUGUUGUAACGGGACUGUAUCUUUACGGCCUGCGCUCUUAUAGUCAAAUUAGCUCCCGACUGGUUUCCCAAUCAACGUAGUAAAAUUUUAUCGCGGUUUUUUGAAAAUUGAUAUAUCGCGAAUGAGUUGUCUCAAUUAUCGCCAAAAAAGGAGUAUUUCCACGACGAAUAUUAAAUUCUCGAAGCUUCGAUAAAAAUAGAGCGGAAUGAUGAAUCGAUAAUUAUUGUAAUUAAUUUGUACAUAUAAAGUACAAAAAGUUUCGCGGAACUCAAUCCGAUAUCGGUCGCGUUACAUCAUAGAGUAACGUUACUUGAAUAAAUAUGUUCCCAAUCAAUGCGCUACGACGCGCUGUUUAAUUCAUAAUGUGGUAUUUAUCUUUAACGCAAUAAAUAGGUUCUUUAAUGUUCUGUAAUGUUACGAGUUCUUGAUGAUGUUUUUGUGCACUUUUCUUAAAAUUAACGCAGCGAGUUCAUUCACGUUGUAUUUUUUUUAAAUAAAUGUAGAAAACAAAAUAUGCACGCGGAAUGCGAAUACCGCACCCGUCAAUGAACUUUCCAUGGACUUUGUAUAGUCGCCGCGUAGGACAGGGAUAUAAAAUUGGAAUGCUCACUUUAUUGGCGAAGUAAAAAAAGAAACGGGACUGUAAAUCUUGGCUAAAUAGAGAUUCGAGGCCACUAACAUUUUUACUCCCAUGCUGCAACUGCACUUAAUUACUUUGCGAUUAACAUAACAAUUACGAAGGAACGGCGAACGGAGGGCAGGCCAGAACCCAGUUAUUUUAUUUCGAGGAAGUUAGUUUUCCGGUUCAAGGGACCGCUAUCUUCUUCUCCCGAAGCCUGUUUGUAAUAACGUAAACUAUCAAGUUACAAACGCGGAACUUCGUCGUAAAGUCUCUCAAAAUGAAGCGAAAUGCAAAUUUGCUAAUCUCGUAACUUUCAUGAUCGAAUGGACGAAGUAAUAAAAUAAUUCUCGGAACUUUCUUGAUUACGAGCGAGAUUCAAUGCUCACCCUACGUAACGUAACGGAAGUUACGAGUUCUUGAUGAUGAAAUUACACGCGAAACGUUCCUCGUAGGUUAUCAGAGCUCACAAAGUGAAACUCACAAUCAGCUUGAAAUAUUAAAACGCUCCGGUAGACGCUCGUUUGUCCAUUAACAUCUCUUCGGAACAAAAUUAUACAAAUAUACAAGUGUAGUUUCGAGUUUCGUGCUCAAAAAAGGAAGAUAUAUAUAUAUAUAUAUGUAUAUAUUGCACGAGAGAAAAUCGAAUCCCGCCUAUCCGUCUUACCUUCUCGUAGCACGUUGCCGCUUAAACGUACCGCACGCGAUCAGCGGCGACAACGAGCUUCCUUCCUGAGGCCUGGCGUCAAGCCGGCGAUAAAGCCGAGUGUACGAUGCGCGCACACGUGUAUGUGUGUGCAUCGGUCGUUGAAAAAAGACGAGGGACAAUUGCCGUUUCCGACGUGAGCGAAUUAUGAGACGGCGGCACGAUCGACCGAACACGUGUUUGUGCUUUCAGUGGAUACCACUACGGAUUCGUCGUAACCAUCUAGAGAUCCCUCCGACGAGGAGAGUGCGCGAAGAAAAUCUGGACACACGAGAAUCAAGUUGCAAGAAGAGUGUUUUGAAGUUUCAGUGGUAUUGUUCUACACCAGUGUUGCGCGGAAAAAAAAAGAGCGAAAGAGAGAGGAUUUUACGUGCGGUGUAGCGUAAAAUUGCGCGAAACGGAAGAACCGGCGAAACUGGAGAGGAGAGGAAUUCGCGGAUCGAGGAUGCGAGUCCAGUACUCCAGUUGGAUACAUACGUAGGGGGCCCAGCGCCGUGUGGAAUGAGUGAUAUCUCGUGACAUAUCGAGUGUAGAGAGGAUAAAAUCGAGCGCGCGAGAGCGCUUGCUCGAUGGAUUACAAACUGGUCUGUGUUGAUCUAACGAUAAUGUCAUCAUCAGUAAUGAAAAAAAAAGUCCUAUUAAUAUUAUAAUCCUCUUCUGAAUAUAUAUAUAUAUAUAUAUAAUAAUACUAAUUUGUGUGGAGUGUGAUUAUAUAAAAUUUACCGUUUGUUCCAAGUUUGAGAGAUAUAUCGCCGUAUAAAAAAAAUCUAUAUAAAUCUAUACAUACAUAUAUGUAUGUGUAUACGUGUAUAUACAUAUGUAUGCCGUUGAUGAAGAUGAUAUAGAGGAAACAUAGGCGCAAAAGCCGUUUAAAAAGAGAGAGAUAGAGAGAGAGAGAGAGAGAGAGAGAGAGAGAGAGAGAGAGAGAGAGAGAGAGAAAAGGUGACGCUUAACGACCAAACGAAUGUUGUCAAUUACUAUUUAAUCGUCGUGUUAAAGUUUCCACGUUCAAUUAUUAUAAAUGUUAAAGUUGGUUCGUCUGUAGCCCCCUCCCCGUUAAAUAAUCUACCUCUCUUAAGUAUCGACAACGAAAACGAAAGCUCGGAGAAACGGCCUAUAAACUUUAUCUAUGUGUAAAGUGCUACGAAUCUCGGCAAUGAUUGUACCUGGUUUGAUAAGGUAUUAAAUCUCCUUCUCGGAAAAGAGAGAAAGGAAACGAGAGCGUCGCUUUUUCCCGUUUCGAAGAUAACAACGGCGGCAUGAACGUACGAGACUGGUUACAAAGUGCCAUUUGCAGAGUGUCGCGCGAUCUUGAGCGCUCUAUCAAGAUUGCAUCCCAACGACUUCCAAACUUUGUGUACGCAGUGUAGCCUUGUAGAACAGAACGCGAAGAGAGAGAGACACUUGAUACAUGUAGAUGUAAAAGUGAUCGAGAAAUCAUCGUAGAACAUUAGUUUAGAUUGUGUGUGAAAUGUGAAGAAAUUCGAAACGAGUCAACAUGGAGAUCAUCACGAAACGCGACGCAACGACCAAAAACUCGACUACACCAAUGGCCUCUGUGAGGUUCGCCAAGCUGCAAUUCAUGUUCCUUCUUGGUCCACAAGAGGGGAUGUGACUUGAUUUCGGAGCGAGCCUCAACGAUGAAUCGCCUCAGGGAUCGUCAAAUAGAAACAUAGGUGCAUAAAUAAGCAAGAAGAAUUAAGAGGACACGAGAGGAUUAGAGUACUUGCGACGCGUAGUGUGAUCAGAUAGGCGGAAAUAUGGAUUCAACAAAGUUGGGUGGUCCAACACCGACUAGUCCGAGGGCUCAUUCUCCAGUCCUGCCGAGCUACGCCGCGCCUGGCGAAGGUAAUAUUGAUUACAUCAUAGGCGACUAUAUGGAGAGACUGGGCACGAGACUGAACAUCCUCGAAACCGAAUUGAAGUACGCUUGGAGGGCGCUGGAUCUCCUCAGCCAGGAGUACAUCAAGAUGUGGGAAAGAUUGGAAAAGUUGGAGGGUCUGCUGUACGAGCAGCAGACGGUUAUCAGCCAGCUGAUCGAGUUUUAUACCAGCGGCGGUACUCACGACAACGUGAACAUCGUCGAGGAGACUUUGGCCAAUCAACAAGGCUCGGUAGGCGAGCUAGACGCGAUAGCGAAGAGUCUGGGUGCUGCGAUAGGCAUCGAGGAUACCACCGUGCUACGAGAGAAACUGGCUCAACAGGAACUCGCGAGGAUGCACGGGCUUACGCAGGACAGUACAACGGCCGCAGCUGUGGUCACCGACAUGCACAGGAAUGUCAGGAAUUUGGACACUUUGGAGACCCUCGAGGAAGAGGGCAACAUUCCCGACGAGGCAUUCUACAGAAGCCUGAAUAACGCCUACAGGGAAGAUCUGAUUUGCGGCGACACGUCGAGACCGACGUCGCAGCUGGGUAUGAUCUGGGAGGAGGCCGAAGAUGAGGACAUAAACGGCAAGAAAGAGAUCGAGUCCAGCAUCUUCGACAAGACUAUACCAAAGGAAAAGGAAUUGGAAGAGCUGUCCAGCCAGCCGACCAAGGAGGAAGUGCAAACUUCUAUAAUGAAGAAGGAGGAUGAGGCGGAUGAAGACGAAGGCGAGGUAUUCAGCGCGGCCGAUUACAAGAGCUACAGAGGGAACACGCCGUGCGUUAGUGAGCAAGAUCUCGCUCAACUUUCAAGACUCAGCUCCCUCGAUCAGGUGGCAUUAGAAAAAUUGCACGAGAUCGAUAGGUUAACCAGCAAGUUACAAAAGGACUCGCAAAAUUUGAUAGAACUGCAAUCGAGACUGAUAGAUUCGCCUAAGCGAAACCAUCAGUAUGCGUCCGAGGCCGAGGCAAAACUGGCCGAGGAGGCGAGCAGCAUAGACGAACAGCUGAGGAAGAUUUACGCGGAGACCGACGUGGAUAGCUGGACCUUCUCCAAAAGUCCGAGCUCCACCGGCAGAUCGAUCUCUAGAGUCAGCACUGACAGCGGAUUGGCCACCGAUGGCGACUUUACAACGAGAUCUAUAUCGCCAAGACUGACCUCUACGUCCAGGAGUAAUUUAGACUCCAUUUCGACUACUUAUACCCCGCCUAGGUUAGGAUAUACAUCGGCCAUACUAGAAAAGAGCCCGGAGCCCGUGAUUCAGUUGCCGAUCGAUGUCGGUAGCUUUGCAAAGGGAUACGCAGAGAACAAGGAGCUGACAGAUCUGAUGGCCGAGAGCUUCGCGACCGCCGUCACAUGCGCCUCGCCCAACAUUUACACCACGACUACCGAGAAGGUACCGUCGCCCACUUUGUCGGCCGGCAGCGUACACAGCGUUCACAGCGUCCAGGGUCUCCGUACUAGGCAGGACGGUUACUUUGGUAGCGCAGCCCGGCUCAAUCUCGAAUUCCAGGAAAGUCGUACGCCACCUAGCCCGUCGCCUAGCUCACCACCUCCGCCAGCGCCGCGGGACACCACCGAGUCCUUCCUUAUGCCAGGCGCAGAACAGAGAGAACCGGACGCGAAGAGGCCUCAGAGUCCGAGUUUCCUGCGAAAUGCGGAAAAGCUGGUCUCCAUGGAACAGGGUCGUCUCAGUCCCCGUACUCCUCAUUCGCCCAAAUCACCGCGAGUCUCGCCGAAACAUGCAGUUAAAUCCGGCAGUGCCGCUAACAUAGUCACAGUCAAGUCCGAUUCCGGUCUGUCGUCUAUGAGCGGUUGGAGCAGCUUAGACAAGUCGCCGUGCUCCCCGAAGAGCUCCAUUGCUAAGAUGCUUACCUCUUAUUCGGUGGAUCACACCCGCGCGAGUAGUCUUAUACCCAGCACGCAACCCGCCAGAACAUCCAGCCCGAUACCGCCGCUUCCAGAGACGACCACUACCACCACUACUAUCAUCCAGGAACCUCUCUAUGACACUCCCGAGGGUAGAGACGCUUUUGCGAGCGCCAUGGCGACUACGUCCAGUCAUCCUUACACAACGACAAUGAAUCACCUGUCGGCGUAUACGACCGCCGGCAAAUCGCCGGCCAAAGAGGACUACACGUUUGUGCCACCGCCAGCUCCGGGCAGCGUAACUACCACUUGUCAGAGUCCCAAGAAACGCGGUCGUCUUCAACACACUUACUCGACGUCCGCCAGUACGACUGCGGAUUACAUUUUCAGAUCGGAACAGCCGGCUAUUUACUCCGUGGCCGGUAGCAAUCGACAACAAGCCAUUACGAGCGUCUAUACCAGCGGUGCUGGCAGCUACGGGCCCAAGACUACCACCUCGGCUUACUACUCUGCCGAUUCGCUGGAUCAUCAGUAUACUAACUAUCAAGAUAGUUAUGCCACUCUUCAGUAUGCGGAGGCAACGAGCGCCAUGAUGGCCCACGGGAAGAAGCCAAUACGCGGAAGCUCUUUCACAGACGGUAUGACGAACCACGAAGGAUACAAGGCGGCGAUGUAUCGUACGAUGUUCCCCACCGGCAACAUCACGGAUGCUCUCUCGUACUAUCCGACCAGCGCGACUAAUCUUCCGCGCACGGAGACAAACGAGACUACAUCAUGGUUGAACUCGAUGGAGGAGCAGAUACCUCACGAUUCGACAUCUUCCAGCAUCAGAUCUUUAACUUCCGACGGGAGCUACGCUCAAAGUCCGUACACGGAUCGGAGAUAUCCGCAGCCGCCGGCCUAUCAAGCGCAUACGGCGUAUCAGCAACAUCACAUUUACGCAAAUCAGAGUUAUCCGCAAGCCUAUCAGCAGCAGUAUCAGCCGUAUAGCCAGCGAUUGAGUAGUGCCGAGAGUGCACAACUCGCAGACGGUUAUCAAAGGCAAUGGCAAAGGGAGCAUCAGUACAUGCAGGAUCACGAGAGCGGAAGGAUGGAGCAACAACAGACGCAACAGACCGAAUAUUAUGAUGCCUCGAGUGUGAUAGUUUCGCAAUCCGGGUACAUUAGUAUCUCCUCGAAUCUGAAAGAUCACGAGGUCGAUACUAGCAAGCUGAAGAAAGUCAGGAGAGGCUCCUCACUAAAGAACGCGAUGAGCUCCAUGAGUAAUUGGCUGCCCGAUUUGCACCUCACCAAACGUCACAGGAGUCAAUCGUUACCAGGUGGUGUCAGAAGAGAGGAUCUAGACGUGCAAGACGCUCAGCAGCAAAGAUUGGCUGAAAUGACAAGCAGAGGUCGUGGCAGAGCUCAGACCGCCAGAAAAAAGAAAAAACAUACGCUGGUUUCCACAGUAUCCGGCAUUCUCCAGAAGGCCAAACGUCGCAGUCAUCAGUCGCAAUCUCUGUCAGAUCCAGAGCAGUCUGAGACAGAAUGGAGUAGUGGCCGGCAAAGCGGCCUCUCGGAAGAUGAGGACAGCGUCAUGUCUGAUAUCGUUCAAGAGCCGCCUUUCUUCGCCAAAGUGAAGACCGCGAGCACGAAAAGACCAUCGAAGCAGCCGCCUCCGAUACCGCCACAGAUGAUGGCACAGCAGCAGCAGCAGCAAGCACAGAUUCAAGCGCAACAAAAGGAAUAUAUGCAACAGCAGCAGCAAGCGCUUCAACAGCAGCAAGCGCUUCAACAACAGCAAGCGCUUCAACAGCAGCAGCUACAACAACUCCAGCACCAGCAGGCGCUUCAACAGCAGCAGCAAGUGCUUCAACAGCAAAUUCAACAGGCUCAGGAGCAAUUGCAUCAACAGGCUCUUCAAGAUACAUGGGUCAAGGAGAAGGAGCAAAGAAAGAUCGAGACUAAAGACGAGUACGAGACGAACGGCGAUCAGAUGGCUUUGCUCGAAGAAGAAGCUUCGGGAAAGAGUACCGGCUCGGGAUCCGGUGGAUCGUCGAUCUUCCAAACUGUUGGCGAUAUUAAGAGAUCGACAGGCAGUUCGGAUGAGGCACCCAACGAGAAGGCGCCGAAACUGCCUCCGGUUACUUUGAUCGGCGGCUCGAGUAUGGAAUUCGCUGUAUCACGAGCGCUCGGCAAGUAUCGCCAACGACAAUCCUCGACAGUGUCCGACGAGCAGUCGACAACUGACGAGAACAAUGACAAGAAACCGAGCGAGGAGGGCGCGGCGCAAACUUUGGAAACAAGUUUCGAGUUUCCGGAAGAUAUGUCGGAAAAGAGCGAGAAGAGCGAGAAGUUCGGCAGCGCAAAACUACCGGAAUUGGUUACUAGUUUGUCAGAAGAAGCUCCGCCGUCGGAGGGUAGCCCGUCCGCAUCCAUAAGAGGUUACAAUACUACAGGAGGAACUCGAUUUUUACCGCGACACCAGCAAUCUCUAGAAAUUCCAUGGACCGGGCGACCGGGCGAACCUGAUGAGGACAAUCGCAGCACUCAUUCGUACAGGAGUACCUCAAGAGUGUCCUCAAGGCGACAAAGCACGGAAGAUUCUAUUGAUUCCGAAGACGAAUGGUACUGUUACGAAUUAAGAAAACUCGAAGAGCUGGAGAGACAGUCUGAGAUGGAGAUGACCGAAGCAUUGAUCGAGGAACCCGAAGACGAGGUUUAUCAGCCGGACGAGACGGUAAAAGAAAAGAUGUCAUUUGUAUUGAAAGAGCUUAAACUCAAAGCCAUUACGAAGCCAAAGGAUCAGAAAAAGGAGGGUAGAGAAGAAUCGCGAGGCAGGAUGAACGGUACGGUUAUCAAGGAGCAUCGCUUCGAAGAGAACGACAGCAGGUAUCGCGACGAGAAGCCCAUUCCUAAGCGGAAGUCUGCAGAAAGUGUGGAGGCUGUGUUCGCCAGGGUGACCGAUUACCACACGUGGGCGCACGAGUUAGAAGCUAAGAAGGAGAAGCCUCCACCGGCCACGGAAGAGGGUUCCUCCGGCGAGACAUCCGGUCCCGACAGUCCCGGACAGUCGAUGGACGAGGAAGAGGAGGAAGAACUGCCGAAGGAUCUCGAAGAGCAACAGUCACGACGAAGCUCCAACGGUUCGACGCUACGUCACAGCGAGAAGAUGCCGCAGGGCUCGGAUUCCUUAUCCCGCGAAGGUAGCGUAAGUGUACCACCUAGCGAAGUGUCGGUCAGCAUCCCGGGAGCUUGGGAUUCUGAAAGCACUGUCCUUGAAGGCCUCGAGCGCGAUGGAGCCGGUAGCGCCGAGACGGCUACCACGGCGACCUUGAGUCUACCGAAGAUCAAGAUCGACUCCUCGUCCUGCGGAAGCUCGGACACGACAUUGAAGGAGGGCCAGGUGAGUCCUGGCCCGCCCGGGUCCAAGUGGAAGCUGCUCAAGGCCUUGAAGGAACGUAAGGCCGAGGAGAAGCUCAAGGAGGUCGAAGAGGCCUCUAAGGAGAACGCUAUCUCGCAGGGACCCACGGCAAACGGCAGCGGACCCGGCGGCGAAUCCGGUGGACGAGCGAACGGACAUCCAGGCGACAAUCCCUUCUACAGCACCAUCGACAGCAUGCCGGACAUUCGACCGCGCCGGAAGUCGAUACCAUUGGUUUCCGAGCUGGUCUUGAAGACCAUGGCAGCGACGAAGAGGAACGCUGGCCUCACAUCCGCCGUACCUCGAGCGACGCUCAACGACGAGGAGCUGAAGAUGCACGUGUACAAGAAAACUCUCCAAGCGAUGAUCUAUCCCAUAUCAUCGACCACCCCUCACAACUUCGUCACCUGGACGGCCACGUCGCCGACGUACUGCUACGAGUGCGAGGGUCUUCUCUGGGGCAUCGCCCGGCAGGGAGUGCGAUGUAUGGAGUGCGGUGUCAAGUGUCACGAAAAGUGCAAGGAUCUGCUGAACGCCGACUGCUUGCAGAGGGCGGCUGAGAAGAGCUCAAAGCACGGCGCCGAGGAUAAGGCGAUUAGCAUAAUCACGGCGAUGAAGGAGAGAAUGAAGCAAAGGGAACGGGAGAAGCCGGAGAUCUUCGAACUGAUUCGCACGACGUUUUCAGUCGACCCGGAUACGCACAUAGACAGCCUCGAGCAGGCGGAACAGAUCGUCCUUGAGGGUACCAGCAAGUGGUCCUGCAAGAUCGCCAUCACAGUGAUCAGCGCGCAGGGAUUAAUCGCCAAAGAUAAGAGCGGCACAUCCGAUCCCUACGUAACGGUCCAAGUUGGUAAAGUAAAGAAACGCACGAGGACCAUGCCGCGGGAGCUAAAUCCAGUAUGGCACGAGAAGUUCUACUUCGAGUGCCACAAUUCGUCCGAUCGGAUCAAAGUCCGCGUGUGGGACGAGGACAACGACCUGAAGUCGAAGCUGCGGCAAAAACUGACGAGGGAGAGCGACGACUUUCUCGGGCAGACCAUCAUCGAGGUCCGGACGCUCAGCGGCGAGAUGGACGUCUGGUACAAUCUGGAGAAGAGGACGGACAAGAGCGCGGUGUCGGGCGCCAUCCGGCUGCACAUCAGCGUCGAGAUCAAGGGCGAGGAGAAGGUGGCGCCUUACCACGUACAGUACACCUGCCUGCACGAGAAUCUCUUCCACAGCCUGUGCGAGGAGAACGGCGGCAUAGUGACUCUGCCCGAGGCGAAGGGCGACGACGCCUGGAAGGUCUACUUCGAUCCUCCCGGCGAGGAGCUCGUCGACGAAUUCGCCAUGCGUUACGGCAUCGAGAGUAUCUACCAGGCGAUGACGCACUUCCACUGCCUCUCAACCAAGUACCUGUGUCCAGGCGUGCCGGCCGUUAUGUCGACCCUCCUGGCGAACAUAAACGCGUACUACGCCCACACGACCGCCAGUCCGGCUGUGUCGGCCAGUGAUAGAUUCGCCGCCAGUAACUUCGGGAAAGAAAAAUUCGUCAAGCUACUGGAUCAGCUGCACAACUCUCUCAGGAUCGACCUGUCGAUGUACAGGAACAAUUUCCCGGCCUCGAGCCAGGAGAAGCUGAUGGAUCUGAAGAGCACCGUGGACCUGCUGACGAGCAUCACGUUCUUCCGUAUGAAGGUCCAGGAGCUGUCAAGCCCGCCACGUGCCAGCACCGUCGUGAAGGAUUGCGUGAAGGCGUGCCUGCGAUCGACCUAUCAGUUCCUCUUCGAGAACUGUUACGAUCUGUACAACCGGGAGUUCCAGGCGGAUCCGAACGAGGCGAAGCGGGACACGGACGAUCACGGGCCACGGCUGGACUCGCUCGACUUCUGGCACAAGCUGAUCGCCCUGAUAGUCUCGGUGAUCGAGGAGGACAAGAACAGCUAUGCGCCCGUGUUAAAUCAGUUCCCUCAGGAGCUCAACAUCGGUCAACUGUCGGCGGCCACGAUGUGGUCGUUGUUCGCGGUGGACAUGAAGUACGCUCUGGAGGAGCACGAGCAGCAUAGACUGUGCAAGUCCUCGGCCUAUAUGAAUUUGCACUUCAAAGUCAAGUGGCUGCACGCCAACUACGUUAAGGACGUGCCGCCGUAUAAGGGCGCCGUGCCAGAAUACCCGGCCUGGUUCGAACCCUUCGUCAUGCAAUGGCUCAAUGAGAACGAUGACGUCUCAUUAGAAUAUCUCCACGGUGCCUUUAGUAGAGAUAAAAAGGAAGGCUUCCAGAAGAGCAGCGAGCAUGUGCUCUUCAGCGUCUCCGUUGUCGAUGUUUUCACACAGCUGACGCAGUGCUUCGACGUGGUGUCGAAGCUCGAAUGUCCGGACCCGGAGAUCUGGAAGAGAUACAUGAAGAGAUUCGCGAAGACUAUCGUCAAAGUCCUGGUGGCUUACGCGGAUAUAGUGAAGAAGGAAUUCCCCAGCCACAUGAAGGAGGAACGAAUUGCGUGCAUUCUCAUGAACAAUAUCCAGCAACUUCGGAUACAAUUAGAGAAAAUGUUCGAGUCGAUGGGCGGCGACAAGCUGGAGGAGGACGCGGCGAACAUAUUGAAGGAGCUGCAACAACAGCUGAACGGCGCUAUGGACGAUUUGGCUAUACUAUUCGCGAACAGUUUGGAACCGCGAAUAACCGUUUCCGUCAGGGAGCUAGGAGACCUUCUGUUGGCUAUCAAAGGCGGCGGACAGGUAACCCUGUCGCAGCCGGCGCAAAGAAACAACGUAACCGCAGAGGCCGACGACGUUCUGAGGCCGCUCAUGGUUCUGCUCGAUGGUAGCCUGUCUCUGUACGCUGAAUCGUGCGAGAAGACGGUAUUGAAGAGACUAUUGAAAGAACUGUGGAAGAUAGUCAUGAGAAUUUUGGAAAAGACUGUCGUCUUGCCACCUAUGACGGAUAAGAGCAUGAUGUUCAAGAAUCUGACGGAUAACGCCAAGAAUCUCGCUGCGAACGCCAAGAUAGAGGAUAUGUCCAAGCUGUUUAAGAACCAUAUGGCCGGGAAACCCGACGUUAAAAAUGCCCUCAGCGGAGUUAUGGAUAUUUCCAAGGAAGUGGAGAAGAACCUCUCGCCGAAGCAGUGCGCGGUUCUCGAGGUCGCCCUGGACACGAUCAAGCAGUACUUCCACGCCGGCGGUAACGGCUUGAAGAAGACGUUCCUGGAGAAGUCGCCGGAGCUGCAGAGCCUCCGUUACGCGUUGAGCUUGUACACGCAGACGACGGACACCCUCAUCAGAACCUUCGUCACUUCGCAAGUCAACCAAGUGCCGCUGAACGAUGCAUCAACGCUACAUCAGCGUCAGCGUUCGAUGAGCAGCGAGAGAGGUGACGAAGGGGACGGAGCCGAGGGUAUGGAAAGCCUCGAGGAACCCCUUCGCCAGACCAAGCCCUCUCUUCGUCGAGAGAGUCGACAAGUUCCAGAUACCGCUGCUUCAGAAGAGGGUUCGGUGGGCGAGGUGAGCAUCCAGGUGGAUCUCUUUACGCAUCCGGGAACGGGAGAGCAAAAAGUCACCGUCAAAGUUGUGGCCGCGAACGAUUUGAAGUGGCAAUUGGCAACGGGCAUGUUCAGGCCGUAUGUUGAGGUGAAUCUAAUCGGACCGCAUCUUACUGGCAAGAAGAGGAAACAGUCGACGAAAUCGAAGAGCAAUAACUGGUCGCCGCAAUUCAACGAGAGCUUCGACUUCAUGAUCGGUAACGAGCAACAACAGCUGGACUUCUACGAGUUGCAUAUCUGCGUGAAGGACUACUGCUUCGCGAGGGAGGACAGGCUCGUCGGAGUGGCGGUGAUGCAGCUCAAGGACAUCGUCGAGGAGGGCUCGUGCGCGUGCUGGCUGUCGCUCGGCAAGCGUAUCCAGAUGGACGAGACCGGCUGGACGAUCCUGCGCAUUCUCUCGCAGCGCAACAACGACGAGAUCGCCAAGGAGUUCGUGAAGCUGAAGAGCGACAUCAGGCAGGAGACACCGCUGCCGAAUCCCACUUGAGGAGAUGCGACGUUGCAUUAAAUAAGCCGAUAGCGAAGCGACUCGAGUACUUCGAGCUUGGAAAGAGCACGAAGUGGAGAAGAAACGAGAAGAAGAAGAAGAGAAAGAGCAGGAAGAGGAGGAGGAAGAGAAGCAGGAGGCCGUCCAAAGGGGGUUAUGCAUUUGAUGCCUUCGGUGCCACAAAGCGAACGAAAUCUUUCACGAUUCCGCGAGAGAGAGAGAAAGAAAGAGAGAGAGAGUAUGUUAAUUCGUGCGAUUCACCCGGCGAGAACGAUCGCCCCGAACCCUUCCGCCCUUCUUCUUCGCCUGAGAGGCGCACGACUCAAGGAGGGACGAAUCCUAGCAACGGGAUUUGACUUACCGCGGAGCUUCUUCUCUCCAGCUUCCCUCGCGCCGUGGAGUUCAGUCGAGCGUAAUUCCUCUCCCUUUUUUACGACUCACACGCACACACACACACACACACACACAUACACACAUACACAUACAAAAAGCUUCAACCCCGUCCCUGGACAGCGACGACGCGCCGGGAACGAUCAUCUUCCACAAAUCUCGAGAUGGGACGACAAGCUAGGUCAACGCCCGCGUGGCUCGGCGUUCGUCCUGCGUACUACUACAAUAAUGAAAAAAAAAAAGGAUGAUUCCUCCCGCCUGCGUUUGCAGACAGAUAAAAGAAAUCGAGGAAGCGGAGCUCGACAACGACGAUGACGAGCGACGCUCCGGUACUACAUGAGACUUAGAGACACAUCGGACUCUUCUUCGUGCGUGUGUUGCAGGCGAGACGCAGGGGGAGACGGAGAUACGAAGGAGAGAGUGUAUUCGCUAGACAAAAAAAAACGCGAAACGUGAAAACAGUGCUGCCAGUACGCAAUAUAUUUGGUAAUAUUCGUAACGUAAUUGAUAGGACGAGAGAGAGAAAGAAAGAGAUUAAACAUCGCGAAGAACUCAAGUACGCGUACGCUUCGCGCAAAAGGAAACUCUCUCGAUCGGACGCGCCGCCGUUCGCCGAAAGACUGACUUCGAAAUGAAAGAGGACGAAAAGCGAGUCCACGUGUGGUGGGUCCUUCGAUCGCGACGCGGUCGCAUAUACGCUAUAAAACAGAGGGCGAAAUCGACGCGUAACACCGCAAGGGUUUUACGUGCCACGCACACAUUACACACCUCACACAUAAGUCUACACGCGCGCGCGCGCGCGCGAUAUGACCGCGUCCGUUUCUAGGCCGUUUGUUCGGGAGGACGAAGUUUACUGUAGAUACGUGAAAACAUUGUUGAGACGAAGAGGUUUUUUCUAAAUAUACAGUUUAAAUGUAGCAUUGCGUACGACCAAAUAGGCACGUCCUGUGACGUCACGCAGCGGCGUGCCGUUAGUAAUAAAAAAGAAAAAAAAACCAGAAAGAAGUUAGUAAGGCAUUGUAAUUGUAAAUUACGUUCUUAUCCGUAAGAUUAUACCAGAAAUGAUCGUAAGAGUCUGACUGUUGCUGAUGCUGUUGCUGCUGUUGCGAAUGACGCCGAGAUCCGCCCGAAAGCUUCGAGAGAGCUGCGCGAGAGCGGCAGAUACCGAUUCCCAGACCGAUUGCGAGCGGAGGAUUGUACGCGCGAUUGAUCCCGCGCCUCCGCGAAAGUUGCGUACUUAAACGUAAGACAGAGAAACACGUACACACACACACACACACACACACGCUCAGAGACGCGCUGCGAACGCGAAUCCUCGUUCUACGAACCGGCGAGCGAGCGAGCCUGCAAAAUUGAACUUUACAUUCCUGUAAACUAGUGUUGUCGGCACUCGGAUACCCGGGUACUUCCGAGUAUUAUCUGAAUGUGUGACGCGCGAAUUGGGUAAUACAUCUGAGCGACCCCGAGUAACGUCGAGUGAACGACAACGCUAUACUCGUAAUCUUGUAGCGCGCCCAAGUAAUUAUAUACCGUAGCUUUUGAUUCUCUCUCUUUAGCUAUCGCUGUUUUUUACGGCAACGCCUAUCCUCGGAAAUACGACAUGAGGCAGUGGACGUUAAAGAGCUAUUAUUAUUAGUACGUGACUACUGGCUAUACCGUCUAUUAGCUUCAUCGCGUCUUGUAAUACAUCUCGCCUCGUGCGCAUUAGCGGACGUUCGCCCGUCCGUAGAAACGCGUCUACCGCGUCUUCGCCGAUCUCUCUUAUCGGGAACUAUAUAUAAUAUUCGUAUUCGGGCCGACGGCGAAAGGGGGUGAGUGGAGAAUCGUACAUCGGGGCCCCUCUACGCCACAUCUGCUAUACGAUCGCUACGAAGCUUCGGUCGGAUCCCUCCGUGAGAGAAACUCGAUGGGACACCGCGACCUUGUAUCCGAUGAAUCCAAUCAUCGUCCAGCCCAGGGCUGCAAAGUCGGGCGGGGCAGGUACAACACAACUCCGGAGAUUACGCUAUUAUAUUCAAAAAGUUUCUACUACGUAGUACGUCUAGAUUAUACUUACGUAUUGUGUAUAGUGUCUAAAAACUGCUGAUGUAGCUGCGAGCGCGGAAUUUUCGAUCGGCAGACAGAGAAAGAGAGACGAGAGCCAUCGCAAAAAAAAGUGAACGUCCGAUCAUUUCAGUUGCAGGUGCUUAACAAAUCUGAGUAGGUAUACAUUGAAACAUCAGGCUAUGAACAGAAGAAUUUUACGUAAUAGUGCUCGAGCUCACUUCUUUAAGAAUCUAAGAAAAUUAAUCUUAACGUUAAGAAAAAAUAACUUGACAUUAAUCAUAAAUUAAUAAUUUGUAUUCGUUAAAUUUAGAUCAAUUUGUUUAAGUAUUUUUAAAAAGAAAAAUGGAACAAAUUGUGUUAGCAUCGAUCCUUCAAAAUAUCUUUCAAUAAUGUAAGAUACCUGAAAUCAUAUUAGAAUUCUGUUAGAAGCUCCCCAACUUCAAUUUGGAGAUCAAUUUACGAAGCACCUGCAUCUGCGUCGUUGAUGGCGUCGGAAAAAUUCAAGCUGGUAGAAAAGAAGAACACGGGUCCGCGAUCUCGCCACCAUCUCUUCAUUUGUAAAAGUGUCUAUUUUCUCCGCUGCCUAACACUUAAGUACAUUACUUAAUACGAAAGGGCUGGCGAAUUCGGCACCUCAGAUCGGCCUUGUCGACGGGCCAACACCCACGAGACGAUUACCUCGAUUACUCGUUAUCGCCCUCCCGUCCCCUCCCCAGUCGUAAAUCCACCACUAUAUCACCGUGCGACCGUCGACGGGGUCGACCGCCAAUUUUUCCUCCUACUCUCCGCUUCGAUUAAUAUCUUGUAAGCUUAAAAUGAAAAUAUCUCGUGUAUUCUGUGAUAAUUACCCUUUAAAGACGACACCGACACGCUACACCUUACACGCACAAGAAACAUAUACACGGUACACGGUACGUACGUAUGGGGGGAGACCCGCAAACGGAGUCCGCGUACGCGGAAGGUGGAGAUAUUGUACAGAGAAAUUGGAAACAGAUAACAAAUGAUAGAUACGCGACUACAACAUUACACCGAUCCUUAAAAACAUAGCAACAGUAUUUUUCUUCUUUAAAUACAUUCCCAUAUUUCUAUUCUCUGUAAACGUCCGAGGAGUCUCGUCGCGAUAAUAAUCGGAAGAGAAAGAAAGAGAAAGAGAGAGAGAGAGAGAGAGAGAAAGGUAUAUAUAAUAUAUAUAUAUUACAUAUAUGCAGAGUGAUUCAGAUGUAGUCUCCACUUCCCUUCAUCUAUCGAUUCUGCGACCAAUUCACAGUUGAUUUUUCCUUAGCAAAAGUUAUCCUUUUUCACAAAUGUCUAAUGUUUAAGUCUCAAAUAAAAAUACUGUGAAAGUAAAAGUCACUUCGAAUUGAAUAAAGAUUAAGGGCUCUGUCAUCUCUAUACCGUUCUCGUUGAAAAUUCUUAGACUUUUUAUCGCCGUACAGUUUAAAAACUUAUCGCUGCCUCGACACUUUUCGUUAAGGAAAAAUAAUCGCGAAAUUGAUCGAAGAGUCCGUAGAUGGGCGAAACCUGGAACACCCUGUGUAUCGCAUCGACAAAUCGUAACUCUUCACCCGCGAUGUUAUCAGCCGCAGGAAAAUACAGAUGCGAAGAUACGGGACGCAAAAGUGUGUAGCGCAUAACUGCAAGAAUAUUUCUAAUUCCGGAAAUUCAGUAAACAAUUACAUAUGAUACGAUAACUGAUGAAAAAGAAUCCAGACACUUGAAAAAAUUUGAACGAGCAAAGCUCUGAAAAAUUACGAAAAAAUUCACGGUUAAAAUGUACGUUUAGCACGGAUUUUACAGUUCUUCAGCCUUUUCUUAAAAUAUAUUUUCCAGUUUUGUAUCAUUCUCGGUCCUCCGAGUGAUAAUUUUAAAUAAAUGUUUUACGUUUCCUUAAAUUUCGGAAUGAUUCGGAAUCUUAAAAGGUUAAAGGCGAAUUAUCCGCUUGCAGUCAUUGCUUUUCUAUUUCUUUCAAGAAAAAUGUUCAAAGAAUAAAGUGUUUCGGAUUAUCUCUUCUUUCCGAGGAAAGAUCCCCAGGAGAUCGCCGUAAACUUUUGCGUCCGGUCACGCCGACGAAUGCGUAGAGAAUUAGAAAUUCAAGGCAGACUCCAGACCGCUAAGUAAGCGAGAUACACACAUUUUUUUCUAGCAAAGAGAAGAGAAAGAUCACAUACAAAAAGGCAAACUAAGGAGAGAAAAAAAAAGAUAUACACAACUGUUGACAAUACUAUGCUUGAGAAUCGUAUUGACACAUAUGUAAUGUACCUAAUAAAUAUAUAAAACAAGACGGGA